AUGGCUAUUACGAUCCCGGAGCUGGACGACCUCGUCCGCUCCUUCUACGAGGGCCGUGGCGAACAGCAAAAGCAAGCGCAAGCUGCACUCAACCAGUUCAAGGAAGAUCAAGAUGCUUGGCUCCUCGUCGACAAGAUCCUCUCCGAAGCGACCUACCCCCAAACAAAGUACUUGGGCUUGCAGGUGCUCGACAACGUGAUCAUGACGAGAUGGAAGGUUCUCCCAAGAGAUCAGUGUCAAGGUAUCCGUAACUUUGUUGUGCAGUUCAUCAUCCAGUGCUCCAGCUCCGAAGAGACUAUGAAGGCUGAGCGCACCCUGCUCAACAAGCUCAACCUCGUCCUGAUUUCCAUCCUCAAGCAGGAAUGGCCCCAUAACUGGCCUACCUUCAUCAACGAGAUCAUCACGUCGUGCCACUCGAGUCUAUCCAUCUGCGAGAACAACAUGGUCAUUCUCCGCCUGCUGUCUGAAGAGGUCUUCGACUACUCCGCCGAGCAAAUGACUUCCGCCAAGACUCGAAACCUCAAAACCACCAUGUGCGCCGAGUUUUCUCAGAUUUUUACCCUCUGCCAGGAGGUCCUUAACACCGCCGACCAACCGAGUCUCGUCAAGGCUACCCUCGAGACAUUAUUGCGCUUCUGCAACUGGAUCCCCCUCGGCUACAUCUUCGAGACCCCCCUGAUUGACACUUUGCGAACCCGAUUCUUGCCUGUUCCCGAGUUCCGCAACGUUACUUUGCAAUGCUUGACGGAGAUUGGCGGUCUGCCGACCGGUGGAAACACUUACGACGAGCAGUUGGUCAAGAUGUUCACUGAGGUCUUGACUACCAUCGCAACGAUUAUCCCCAUUAGCCUGGAUUUGAAGUCGACAUACCCCAAUAGUAACUCUAGAGACCAAGAAUUCAUUCAGAACUUGGCUCUGUUUUUGUGCAAUUUCUUCGGGAUGCACCUCAACCUUAUCGAGAACUUGCCUAACCGGGACUUCCUUACACAUGGCCACUACUACUUGAUCCGCAUAUCCCAGAUCGACGACCGCGAGAUCUUCAAGAUCUGCCUCGACUACUGGCUCAAGCUCGUUCAGGAGCUCUUCUCGGAGAUGCAGCAGCUCCCUAUGACGGAAGUGAAUCCCUUGAUGGGCAUGGCUGGAGGAAUCACUGGAGCCGGCGCGCCGAGUCCGGACAUGCUGAACAACUAUCCGCUGCGCAAGCACAAGUACAACGAGGUCUUGUCGAACCUGCGUACAGUCAUGAUUGAGAAGAUGGUCCGUCCCGAGGAGGUUCUCAUUGUCGAAAACGACGAGGGAGAGAUUGUUCGUGAAUUCGUCAAGGAGAGUGACACGGUACAACUCUACAAGACUAUCCGAGAGUGUUUGGUGUACCUGACGCACUUGGACGUCGUCGAUACCGAGAACAUCAUGACGGAGAAACUCGCCCGUCAAGUCGACGGUAGCGAAUGGUCAUGGCACAACUGUAAUGUGCUCUGCUGGGCCAUUGGUUCUAUUUCUUUGGCUAUGAAUGAAGAUACCGAGAAGCGCUUCUUGGUUACGGUCAUUAAAGAUCUUCUUGGUCUCACAGAGAUGAAGCGUGGCAAGGACAACAAGGCUGUGGUCGCGUCCAACAUUAUGUACAUUGUUGGACAAUACCCGCGUUUCCUGAAGGCCCACUGGAAGUUUCUUAAGACGGUUGUCAACAAGCUCUUCGAGUUCAUGCACGAGUCCCACGAGGGUGUUCAGGACAUGGCUUGUGACACGUUCAUCAAGAUCGCAAGACAGUGCCGUCGUCACUUCGUUGCUCUUCAGCCGUCUGAACAGGAGCCAUUCAUCGAGGAGAUUGUCCGCAACAUGCACAAGAUCACUUGCGAUCUGUCCCCCCAGCAGGUUCACACUUUCUACGAGGCGUGCGGCUACAUGGUGGCAGCCCAGGGCAACAAGCACCAGCAGGAGCGGCUCUUGAGCGACCUGAUGGCUAUCCCCAAUGCUGCGUGGGACGAGAUCAUUAAGCAGGCGCGGAUGAACCCGGUCAUUUUGCAGGAUGCUGAGACUAUCAAAGUCAUCGGCAACAUCAUGAAGACGAACGUCUCAGCCUGCACGUCUAUCGGUCCCUACUUCUACCCCCAGAUCGGCCGCAUCUUCCUUGACAUGUUGCAGAUGUACCGAGCUACCAGUGAGCUGAUCAGUGAGGCUGUUCAGAAGCAGGGUGAAAUUGCAACCAAGAUGCCCAAUGUCCGUGGCCUGCGAACCAUCAAGAAGGAAAUCCUCAAGCUGGUCGAGACCUAUGUCGAGAAGGCUGAGGACUUGCAGUCCGUACGUCAGCAGAUGGUCCCUCCCCUGUUGGAGUCAGUUCUCGUCGACUACAACCGCAAUGUUCCCGGAGCUCGCGACGCCGAAGUGCUGAAGGCCAUGUCUGCCAUCAUCACGAAGCUCUCUGCCUUGAUGGAAGACCAGGUUCCUAACAUCAUGGAGAAUGUGUUUGAAUGUACGCUGGACAUGAUCAACAAGGAUUUCUCUGAGUUCCCCGAGCACCGUGUCGAGUUCUUCAACCUUCUCCGCGCGAUCAACCUUCACUGCUUCCCUGCUCUGUUGAAAUUGGACAACCGCCAGUUCAAGUUCGUCAUUGACUCUUGUUCCUGGGCGUUCAAGCACGAUAACCGUGACGUUGAGGCUGCUGGUCUUAACAUGUGCCUUGAGCUUAUUAACAACAUUGCGGACAAGACGGACGUUCAAACCUCCAAUGCCUUCUUCCAGCAGUUCUUCAUCACGAUCCUGCAGGAUGUGUUCUUCGUUCUUACCGACAGCGACCACAAGGCCGGUUUCAAGACCCAGUCCAUGGUCUUGAUGCGCAUGUUCUACUUUGUGCAGCCCGCUGACGGAUCUGCGCCCAAGAUCCAGGGUCCCAUCUACAGCCCUGAUCAGGCUGCUGCCGGCACCUCAAACAAGGAGUUCCUCGCUAACUUCGUGGCCAACUUGCUCCGUGGUGCUUUCCCCAACCUGCAACCUGCCCAAAUUCAGACCUUCGUCGAGGGAUUAUUCACGCUCAACGUUCAGUAUGAUAAGUUCCGCCUGAACUUGCGCGAUUUCCUUAUCUCUCUGAAGGAGUUUGCUGGCGACAACGCUGAGCUUUUCUUGGUGGAGAAGGAGCAGCAGGAGCGGGAUGCUAAGGCAGCCGACCUUGAGCGCCGAGGCAAGGUUGGCGGGCUUCUCAAGCCAUCUGAGCUCGAGGAUGACGAGUUGUGA